CUUCACCUUAAAGUAAAACUUAAAGUACCGGUAUUCCAGAAUUUUUAAAAUGGCAGAAUCUGGACCAUUUUCAACUAGUACAGCAUUUUGUGCCAGAUGUGGAUCUAUAUUGCCUCUACUUCAAGAGUUUGGUUCCGUAAAAUGUUACGCUUGUAAAGGGAUUUAUGAUGCUGAAAAUUUCAGCAAUUUGAAGUUCAAAUACACAGUUAACUUUAACACAGUAUCAGUUGUGACUCAUGACAAUAUGUUGAACAGAGAUGAUCCGGAAGGGCCUGUAGUUGAGAGGAAAUGUCCUAAAUGUGGUAACGACAGAAUGUCAUAUGCUACGUUACAACUACGCUCAGCUGACGAAGGGCAAACUGUGUUUUAUACAUGUGUGGUUUGCAAGUACAAAGAAACUGAAAACUCAUGAUUUUUUACAAUAAGUAUAUUUCUGACUUCUGUAAAUAAAUAUGACUUU